UGUUCUCGCUAUUACCGAUGAGAAAAAGUAGGCGGAAAAGCUCACCCGUGAGAUUAAUUGUCUUGGCGAUCUGCUUGCUGUUCGAGAUCUCCGCACGAUGCUCGCUAGCUGAGAAUGUUACGGGCGCCGCCGAUGAGGUAUCUGCGCCAUCGGCACCAGUGAUAGCAGCUGCCGCAGGUGCAGAUAACGAUACUGCUGACAUCAUGCAAGGGCUACAAGACAUGAUGGCCAGCCUCUUCGCCAGCGUGCCACCGUCUCUGACGCUCAAGCUUAUCGGGGCCAACAUUCGGCCACAGUGCAGCCUGGCCCUUCUCCGAACUGUGGACGCCUUCAAGAAAUUGGAGCCAUGGGCGCUCAGACUGUUCGACGCGACGGGCAAAUACCCGACGGGCGUACUGCAAGCUUCCCGCGUCGACCUAGGAGCGUUCGACGAGUGCCUCGAGACGGAGGUGCGUGACAGCUCUGGAAAUGUGAGCUCACGUGGCCAGUACUGCAAUUUGCAGCUCCAGCCGAAGAAGGACGUCCUUGGUCCGAAGGAGAUGGAAUUCUUAUCGGCCAUGGUGCAUCCUAAGAUUAUUGAUUACAUGGGACUAGUCACGGAAGCAGAAACACCUUUUAUUCGUAUAGGCAUAUGCUUUCUGGACGACUGCAACGAAAGUGAUUUACAAGCACUAGCGGACACAGUACAACCUCCUACGGCAAAAAUCCGGGUGUCGAACUGCGUUACAGCGGAGCCCGAGCCGUGGAGCUCAAUUCAAAUCGGAAUUGUUGCAUUCCUAGCUGUCUUAGGCGUCAUUAUAGCCGGCGCCACGAUCGUCGACCUUACCAUGGGUUCAAAGCCAAAAUACGCGGAAAAAGGCGGUGUGCUGCUAAAGGUUGUGCUGGCAUUCUCGGCCGCGGCCAGUACACGCGAAUUGUUUCACGUUGCCGAAAGAACGAAUGCCGACCACUACUCCCUGCGCUUUCUCUACGGCAUGCGGACCAUCAGCCUCGGCCACAUUGUGCUGGGCCAUUGCUGCCAGGUGGUGUCAGACACAUGGGCGCGCAUGCUAAACUUGAUAAUAUCGACUAGAUUGGGAAACUUGAUUUUGCCGGCGGCCUACAACAGUGUGGAUACGUUCUUUUUUCUCAGUGGAUUUUUGCUGUGCCUCGCAGUGACAAAACAAAAGAGAAAUAGGACCCUCGUCUUCAUAAUCGCUGUCUGUCGACGGUUGAUCAGGACUGGCGUUCCAAUCUUCUUUGUCAUCACGUGUAUCUUCGUGCUUCCACGUUUUGUAACCGGACCGGAUGCCAAAACGUUCUUUCAGAAGUUCUACGACGAGAUGGGGGAAAACUGGUGGCACUUGAUCAUUCCGAUCAGAAAUUUCUUUGAUAUGACCGAAAGGAGCGUGAUGAUCCACCUGUGGUAUGUGUCUGCAGAUUUCCAGCUUUUCGUCGUUUCUCUGCUGGUUCUACAGCUGCUGAAAAGUCAGAAAAGGUUGGCCAUGGGAGCGUUCAUCGGGCUUUCUCUGCUGGGCUGCGCCAUCGCAUUGUGGACUGCGACGAACCCUGACGUCCUGCCCUUCAUUACCUACCCUGCCUUCACAAUAACCGCCAUGUUGGAAACCAUGAACAAAUACUACAUGCGGCCUUUCUACCACGCGGUAUGCUUCUUUAGCGGUUGUAUGACGCUACUCAUCCUGGACAACUUCAAGAAUCUCAAAAUUUCAAAGACUGCUAACGCAGUGGGAUGGUUCGUGGCCACUAGCUGCGCAAUCUGCGUUGUGUUGAUGAAGGCCCCCUGGUACAAAAGGCAGGAUCCCACCUCAGAAGCUGUGAAACUGCUCGUGGCCUUCUUUGACCGCGUCCUGUGGUCAAUAUUCCUCUCGUGGUUCACUUUGGCUUGCGCCACUGGCCGAGGCGGAUUCGUUGCUAGAGUCCUCUCCUCGGACGUAUUCGUGCCUCUGGGCAAGCUGUCAUUCGGCGUCUACCUCAUACACUACCCCUUCCUCAUGGUGAUGCUGCAUACAACUAGGGAGCGCCUGUUAUGGUCUCACUUUAAUGUGGUGACCCUAUUUUUUGGCGUGCUCGUCUGGAGCAACAUCUUGGCGUACAUGGCGUUCCUCGCUUGCGAAGGACCAACUGCCGCAGUCGACAAGCUGAUUUUCAAAAGACUCAUGAGACGAGGAAGACCCACAAAGCCAGAGCCGCAGCCGGAUGCUAGCGACGCAGCAAAUGGGCAGAAACUGGGAGCUCACCGAGUUCCUCCGCUGUGGUCUAAACUUUGAUCUCGUCCUUUUUUUGUUUCUUUUGUAAUUUGAAUCACGCAAGAAAGUUCCGCUCCUGCUGUCACUUUAAGCGCCAGCGGAUCGCGUGCAGCGCGAUUUCUCCUGACAGCUGUCACUCUUCUGCAUGAGUUCACAAGUAGCAGAAUUAGAUAUCGCUCGAUGUUUCAUUACCAUGCAGAAGUUUCAAUAAACAUGCUGGAGGAAAACG